UUCUUUUCCCUAAUACAUGUUUCGCUAUAGUGGUGGAGCAGGAUGAUAGCCGCACAGCUUCUGGCCUACUACUUCACUGAGCUGAAGGAUGACCAGGUCAAAAAGAUCGAUAAGUACCUGUAUUCCAUGCGGUUCUCUGAUGAGACGCUGCGGGACAUCAAGGCCCGUUUCCGUAUGGAGCUGGAAAAAGGGCUGAGCCGGGACACCAACCCCACAGCCACCAUCAAGAUGCUGCCCACCUUUGUCAGAUCCAUCCCUGAUGGAUCAGAGAAGGGGGAUUUUAUUGCUCUGGAUCUGGGUGGCUCUAAUUUCCGAAUCCUGCGUGUGAAAGUCUCUCAUGAGAAGAAACAGACGGUGCAGAUGGAGAGUCAAAAUUACGAAACCCCUGAGGACAUCAUCCAUGGCAGUGGAUCACGGUUGUUUGACCAUGUUGCAGAAUGUCUAGGAGACUUUAUGGAGAAGCAAAAGAUCAAAGACAAAAAACUGCCUGUUGGAUUCACUUUUUCUUUCCCAUGUGUUCAAACUAAACUGGAUGAGGCUGUUUUGCUGACUUGGACCAAACGCUUUAAAGUCAAUGGAGUGGAAGGAAUGGAUGUGGUCAAGCUUCUGAACAAAGCUAUCAAAAAGCGAGGGGAUUAUGAUGCAGAUAUCAUGGCGGUGGUCAAUGAUACUGUGGGAACUAUGAUGACCUGUGGCUUUGAUGAUCAGCGCUGUGAAGUAGGAAUCAUCAUUGGUACAGGCACUAAUGCAUGCUACAUGGAGGAACUGAGACACAUUGACCUGGUGGAAGGAGACGAGGGCAGGAUGUGUAUCAAUACAGAGUGGGGAGCUUUUGGAGACGAUGGCAUGUUAGAGGACAUCCGCACUGAGUUCGACAGAGAGAUUGACCGUGGAUCUCUUAACCCUGGCAAACAGCUGUUUGAAAAGAUGGUGAGUGGUAUGUACAUGGGGGAGCUGGUCAGGCUCAUCCUGGUGAAGAUGGCCAAAGAGGGACUGCUGUUCGAGGGCCGCAUCACUCCUGAGCUGCUGACGAAAGGCAAAUUUGAAACAAAGCAUAUUUCAGCCAUUGAGAAGACUAAAGAGGGUCUGACCAAAGCCAAGGAAAUUCUGACCCGCCUGGGCGUGGAGCCAUCAGCGGAUGACUGCAUCGCAGUGCAGCACGUGUGUGCCAUUGUCUCUUUCCGCUCUGCCAACCUCAUCGCUGCUACCCUGGGUGCUAUCCUCAAUCGGCUGAAGGACAACAAAAACGUACCUCGCCUCCGUACCACCGUGGGCAUUGAUGGAUCCCUUUACAAGAUGCAUCCACAGUAUUCUCGACGGCUGCACAAGACCGUCCGCCGUCUGGUACCAGAAUGUGAUGUGCGCUUCCUGCUCUCAGAGAGUGGGAGUGGCAAAGGUGCUGCCUUGGUGACAGCCUGGGCUUCUCGAUUGGCUGAUCAGACCCGUCAAAUCGCAGAGAUCCUGGCUGAGUUCCGCCUCACCCAGGACCAGCUGCUGGAGGUGAAGAAGAGAAUGCUCACAGAGAUCCAGACUGGCUUGAGCAAGAAGACUCAGGACAAGGCUACUGUCAAAAUGCUGCCCACCUAUGUCCGCAGCACUCCAGAUGGAACAGAAAAUGGUGACUUCCUGGCCUUGGAUCUUGGAGGCACAAACUUUAGAGUGCUCUUAGUGAAGAUUCGCAGUGGUAAAAGAAGGACUGUGGAGAUGCAUAACAAAAUCUAUGCCAUUCCCAUAGAGGUGAUGCAGGGAACAGGAGAAGAGCUCUUUGAUCACAUUGUUGCCUGCAUAUCGGACUUCCUGGAUUACAUGGGCAUGAAGAACGCCCGACUGCCUUUGGGCUUCACCUUCUCCUUCCCUUGCAGACAGACCAGCCUAGACGCUGGCAUUCUUGUAAACUGGACAAAGGGCUUCAAGGCCACAGACUGUGAAGGAGAGGAUGUGGUAAAUCUCUUGAGGGAGGGGAUUAAAAGGAGAGAGGAGUUUGACCUAGAUGUAGUAGCAGUGGUUAAUGACACAGUGGGAACCAUGAUGACUUGUGCAUAUGAGGAGCCAACAUGUGAAGUCGGCCUUAUUGCAGGAACGGGCAGCAAUGCAUGCUACAUGGAGGAGAUGAAGAACAUUGAGACAGUGGAUGGAGACCAGGGCAGAAUGUGUGUGAACAUGGAAUGGGGUGCUUUUGGAGACAAUGGCUGUUUGGAUGAUAUCAGGACCCAGUAUGACAGAGCUGUGGAUGACCUCUCCCUCAACCCUGGCAAACAGAGGUAUGAGAAGAUGUGCAGUGGAAUGUACCUGGGUGAGAUUGUGCGGAACAUCCUUAUUGAUUUAACAAAGCGUGGCUUCCUCUUCAGAGGGCAGAUUUCUGAAACUCUGAAAACAAGGGGCAUCUUCGAAACUAAAUUCCUGUCCCAGAUUGAGAGUGACCGUCUGGCUCUACUGCAAGUGAGGUCCAUUCUGCAGCACUUGGGUCUGGACAGCACGUGUGAUGACAGUAUUAUAGUAAAGGAGGUGUGUGGGGCAGUGUCCCGCCGAGCUGCGCAGAUCUGUGGAGCAGGAAUGGCUGCUGUUGUGGACAAGAUCCGGGAGAAUAGGGGACUGGACCAUCUGGACAUCACUGUUGGCGUGGACGGCACGCUCUACAAACUCCAUCCACAUUUCUCCCGGAUAAUGCACCAGACCGUCAAGGAACUCGCUCCAAAGUGCGAUGUGAACUUCCUGCUGUCUGAAGAUGGAAGCGGGAAGGGUGCUGCCUUGAUCACGGCCGUGGGAUGCCGCCUGCGUGAGCAAGAGCAAAAAAGCUGAAGCCUCCUGGGACCAGCCAUUUAGCGCCCUUUCACUCUAACCAAGAGCAGAGAACUUUCCCACUUGCAGCCGUGACAGAAGUUCUCCACCUAAUGUCCAGCACCUUUACCUGCCCAUGCUUCAGUUCCAGAGCGUGGGAUCCUCCAAACUUCGUAUUUCACUCCAUUUGAACUAAUGUAACUGUCAGCCUUUCACCGUGUCUGAAUUUAGUGUCCAUGUCUAAGUGUAUUUGUGUGUAUGUAUCACAGAUGGGCUAUCCCUUAUUACUAAGUCUAUACUGAGAUGUUGUAACUGCUGUAAACAUUUUAUGGAUGUAUAUUAUUAGCAAAAGGGAAGAAAUUUCAAGGCAAAGCGACAAGACCAACUAUAUAUACAUAUAAGAGUAUAUUAUUUAUUUUAUUUUUGUAUUUGAAGGGUAUAUUGAGAGAAGAGUGUAAGAGGAAUGAUGUGUGAUAACUUAAGAGAGAAAGAAGGUUACAAGUUUCUUUUUUUAGUCUGUGUUUAUGCCAUAUGCUCAUUUUCAAACUGUUGCAUCUUGGCAUUUCUCUGAUAACAGAAAGGUUUAUUAUAUGAAUGUUGGGAGACAAGCUGGCUUCUGUGACCACGCCCACUUCCCUCUGAGGCUGAGGAAGAGGAUACAGUACAAUUCCAUUCUCUAGUCAAGGCUGCCUCCCAGGGAACUGUUUCCACACACCCUGUAACCUCAGCUCCUGAAGACCCAACAAACAAAAGAUUCAACAGGAAAAGAGACUUGCCUUUGUUAUCCAGAUCCUCUGAAACACAGCCUGCUCCUGCGGUUCCCGGAAACCCGAGCGGUUGCAGCGUACUAGACCAUAACAUUUUGCUUUCGUGAAAGUAGGUGAGAAUUGUCAGCAUUUGCUGUGUGCUGUGUAUAAAUGCAGAUAGGCCAUUGAUUCCCCCAACCCCACCCCCACAAAUAAUGGUGCAAAUAUCUAGUAAAUGUCCUUGUGUGUACUCUGGCUGAGUGUUUGUGUGUGAUCCUGUAUAGUUACUAUGAGUGAAUCUGUGCAGUGGCUCUGAGAUGGUAUGAUGAAUGCAUGCCUUAUUUGGAAAAACAGAGGUUUAGUAUCCACUCAUUUUGUACAAUUAUAUAGGUGCACCAUAUUUAGAUGUUCUUUAAACGAAAAAUGAUUAAACUAUUUUGAAGAGCUAUG